AUGGUAUCAGGUCACUUGGGUAAUGUUACGAAGACCCCAGAAUUUGAGACCCUUGCUCUCCAUGGCGCUCAAGAACCAGAUCCCGUGAAUGGUUCUCGUGCGCUUCCUCUCUACCAGACUUGCGCAUACAACUUCACAGAUGCCGCCGAUGGUGCUAGUAAGUUCGCAUGGUCUAAGGAUGGCUACGUCUACACUCGCAUGGGCAACCCCACCAACUCCGUAUUCGAGAACCGCAUGUCGAUGCUCGAGGGGGGAGUAGGAGCAGUCGCAACAGCGUCUGGCCAUGCUGCUCAGUUCAUGGCCAUCACAUCAGCAUGUGAACCAGGACAGAACUUCAUCAGCACGAUGAAUCUCUAUGGAGGAACAUUCAACCAGUUCCGUGUUUACAUGAAGAAGUUCAACAUUACCUGCAAAUUUGUUGAGGGACAAGACCCCAAUAACAUCAAGAAUGCCAUCGACGAGAACACCCGAGCGGUGUAUGUGGAAACAAUUGGGAACCCCCAGUUCAACGUGCCAGACAUAGCGGCAAUUGCCAAUGUUGCCCACGAGGCCGGAAUACCUCUUAUCGUCGACAACACAUUCGGCAUGGGUGGCUACCUCUGCAAACCCAUCUCUUUGGGUGCCGACAUCGUCACCCACAGCUGUACCAAGUGGAUUGGCGGCCAUGGUACUUCAAUGGGUGGAAUCGUCAUCGACGGCGGCCAUUUCGACUGGUCUGCCAGCGGAAAGUUCCCCGGCUUCACCGAACCCGCAGAUGGCUACCAUGGCAUGCGGUUCUGGGAGACCUAUGGUCUGAAAGCGCUGUCGGCCAAACUUCGCAUGGACGCAAUGCGUGACCUAGGUCCGUGUAUGUCCCCUUUCAACGCUUGGCUGUUCCUCCAAGGUCUGGAAACCCUAGCCCUACGAGGUCAACGACACGUCGAAAAUACUCUCGCAAUGGCAAAGUGGCUGCAGAGCCAUCCAUGCGUCGCUUGGGUCAACUACCCUGGCCUCGAAUCGCAUGCAGACUACGAGCGCGCCCAAAAAGUGCUUCCGAAAGGAGCCGGAGGUGUUCUUACCUUCGGUGUAGCUGGAAACAUCAACGAGGUUGCCGCUGUGGUUGACAACCUGAAGCUCUGCUCUCAUCUUGCCAACGUCGGAGAUGCGAAGACACUCAUCAUCCACCCGUGGCGGACAACCCAUCAACAGAUUCCCGACCAGGAAAAGAUUCGAGGCGGCGUCACACCAGAUAUGAUUCGAGUGAGCCUCGGCUUGGAACAUAUCGAUGACAUCAAGCAUGACUUCGAGCAGGCGUUUGUGGGAGCUGGUUUGAAGCCGGCGCAAGGAUGGACUCCGACGUGGAAGAAGGAUAUGGAGGGCAAAGAGUGGAAUGAGGGCACACUGUAUGCACCCAACCCUGGAGCUCCUGGAGCUGUUAAGGAGGUGGCCAACCGGCCAUAACUGCAAGCACAUAAAUAUGGAUUUCUUUUGGUGAUGGGUUAGGGGUUUGAUAUGAGUUUUCUUUGCUGGCAGAACAUUCCUGGUUGAGAACUAGUUUCCAUGAUUUCUAUGUUUUCAUUGAAUUUAAAACAACAUGCUGAGAGCAGU